UUUCGUGUUGUCUUCGUGUGUUCGGAAUGAAAACAAAUAUUUGAGUUCGAAAAAUUGUUUGAAAUUUGUCUGUGUUUCUUAAAGAUAUUGUUUUUAACAUAUGAGCUUUUCGGAAAAAAAACAAACUAGAAUUUAAUUUAUAUAUGCUCGCUUAUUGAUAUGGCUGUAAUUAAAGCCUUUAAGACCUGACCCAUUUUUUAGUAUUAUGUCUAUUAAUCUACUGAUCAUGAUACUUUCCUUUUCGGUGCAUAGUUUUGAAUAACUGACAAAAUUCUGAUGUUAUUUCUCUAUUGAACUUUGAUACAUGGACUGAAAAUUUAGAUGACAAAAUAAAUUACAUGGGUUAAGCUAAAAAAAAAAAAAAAAAAAAAAAUUGUUCUCCAUCGCUGUAUGCAAAUGGCCCAAGGAAGUACCAGCGGCACAUCAUCCCGACGUCACGCACGUAGUGAACACGACACUUCUUCAAUAUCUUCAAGCAGGUUUGCUGAUCCGGAAUGGGAAACAAAAGAGGCACUGCGUCAGAGAGAACUGGAAGAGGCUCGAGCUCGGGCAACUCAGAUGGAAAAGACAAUGCGAUGGUGGUCUGAUUGCACUGCAAACUGGCGUGAGAAAUGGAGCAAGGUUAGAAAUGAAAGGAACAAAGCAAGAGAAGAGGCAAAGCUGUUGCGGUCAAAACUAGAAGCGUCACUCAAAGAGACAAAUUGUUUCAAGCGUGAGAAACUUGAGUUGGAGUCACAAAAUGAUCAGUUGAAGAAAGAAAUGGAGAAGAUUCACAUGCUUUUGCUGAAGCACGCCGGACAGUGGGAUCAGCAUUUUCUCGAGGCUCUGGAGAAGGACGAUCCGGACAGAGACGAGAUCAACAAGUGUAAGAGCCCAGAGGAGGACAGUGGUGUGGGCUCGACGGUCACCCAGGACAAUUCUUCGAGCCUGAGAGCCACGACCCAGCUGGCGGUGAGCUCUGUCAGUGCGGAUCUGUACGGAUUGAGGGAGGUGUCCUUGCUGGACUCUGAGCUCUCCAUCCACAGCAGGGAUCUGUCCAUCGAAGAGUACGUUCUGCAAGGCGCUGUGCCGAAACAUGCAGUAGAGCUGUACGAUGGUGCGAAAGAGAAUGCGGUGGACCGAGACGGCGGCGAGGACGCUGCGAUAGUGAACAGCGACAUCCUGAUGCUGUACGAUGAGGUAACGCAGGGUCUGAACAGGUCCUGCUUGCUGCAGGAUGCACCGACCAGCAUGAGCGGCCUGUUGACACUGGAGAAGAAAUUCUACCUGCAGCCGGAUGUGGACCUUCCGUCGCCGGACCAAGAGCAGCUGCUCCAGAAGUUGUCCAUGUUGCAGCUAAGGCUGGAUGAGGCGUCCAAAACUCUGCAGGCUGAACGGGAUGAGAAGACCUCCCUGCACCGAGGGCUGCAGCGGCUGCAAGGGGAGCUGCAGGAGACGCGGGAGCGCUGCGAGGGGCUGCGGGCGGCCAAGCAGGAGGCUGUGCGGGAGCUGCUGCACCUGCAGGACCAGCACCAGGACCAGGUGCGCCUCAUCCAGUUGGACCUGCAGGACGAGGCGUCCUCCCGCGAGGGCACGGACCGCCGCCUGGCCGACCUGCGCUCCGAGCUGGAGAGGCUGCAGGCGGAGAACGCUGCGGAGUGGGGCAAGCGGGAGCGGCUGGAGACGGAGAAGCUGGCGUUGGAGCGUGACAACAAGAAGCUGCGAGCGGAGCUGCGCGACCUGCAGGAGAGGCUCGAGAGGAAGGGGCGCCCACUCUCCACGUCGGACGCCGACCUGCGCCAGCUGCAGCAGGAGCUGGUCGACAGGAACAAGGAGCUGUCGGACCUGCGGCACUCGCACGCCAAGUUGAAGAAAGUGCUGCAGGACAAGUCCACGGAGUUGGCGCACGCGGUGCGGCGCGCAGAGCAGUACGAGGCGGAGGUGAAGCGACUGCGCGGGCGCGUCGAGGAGCUCAAGAAGGAGCUGGCCGCAGCCGAGGACGAGGUUGACGGCGCCUCCAACAGCAUCAGGAAACUCCAGAGGACGAAUGACGAACUGCAGGAGCACGUAGAGAGCUUGCAGGUGCAGUUGGAACACCUGCAAACCAGACUUCGCACUUCGAGCUGCUCAACUCUGCUGUCGCACCGGGCCCCUCCGCGGCUGGCCGGGGAGGCGAGCGACGACGAUGUUCACAACUACUGAUGCUCCACUAGCUGCUCUCAGCUGAUGCACCUAGUGCUGCAACAUUGAUGAUAUGGAGUGUUACGCUGAGGAACUCGGCAUGAUGCCCCUUCAAGGGACUUCCGGUUUGUCGUUCAAUAGUAAGGCCUUAACUUAGUCUUAGUCAAUCUGGCGCUGUUUAGUUUCUACAUUGUGUACUGUCUGUGUUGGAAUGGUUAUAGUCUUGCCAUAUUUUCUUGGAACAGUUUUUGUUGGUGUCAAUCACAAAACUGCAGGGAUUAAUGUAUCUGUGCAAUCGUCAUGAUAGAUAACAUUAUGUGAUUAUAUGCUAAAUACUUUCUGUCAGAAAGUUCUCAUUUUUAAAUUUAGUAAAUACUAUUUAAGCAGGUUUUUUUUACUGCCUAACAUGCUAUGUACCAUGUAAAUUUUAUACCUGGUUUGUGAACCUCUAAAUGUUAACGAAAGUUUGACCUUUCAAGGAAUAUUCCUUAUUUAAUAAUAAGCCAUUUAAUAUUUUAGCGUAAACUUCCCACCCAUUUUUUCACUAAUGCUGAAAAAAUUGUACCAGUUUGCUAUUUUUUUUUAGAAUGUUGUAGCCAUGAGUUUGAAUUGUAUUUUUUAAGAUACAAAUAAGAAAUAUGCCAAUAGUGUAAUGACUAUUGAUUUUGAGGAAUGUAUGUGAUUGAUAUUGUAAAAAAAAAUUUUAAAGGUUGUAGCUGGUGGCAUUACAUUAGAAUGUAAUUUAACUGUUUUAUUUGAAAUUUUCUUGGAUGACUGGUAGAAAUAAAUUAUUUAGGGAUAUACCAAUUCCAACUGUGUUGGGAUUUCUGUUUUAGUAUUAUGUUAAAGUGUGUAGCAAUCCUCAAUCAUUAAAGCCUCCAAGCAUAAGUAUUGUGAUAUUGGCAUAUAGUAGUGGAUUAAUGUAAUAUAGUGAUGCUAAGAAGCCAGACUCUAAUUCCACCGCUUUGCGGCUUUGUCUUUUCUCAUGGAGAAUACCAAACUAUAAAUAGAGGCUGAGGAAAUUUUCUGAAUUUAUCUAGCCACAGGAUAAACCUAGAACACUCGUAGAUACAUCUUCAUACUACUUGUGCUACAAUUUGUGGGACUAGUAAGUUGUUUAAGCAACUUUUCCAUUAAUUUGAACAAAUAACCAAUUUUAUAUACAUACACAUACACAUAUAUAUGUGUGUGUGUUUAUCUAUAUUUAUACAUAUAUAUGUAAUAUGUAUAUAUACAUACGCACACAUAUAUAUGCAUAUAUAUACACACCCUUUUUUAUCACAUAAUCGUCGCAUGCGCAUAAUCGUCGCACCUGUAUUUUAGGGCAUCAAAAUUUAGAUAAAAAACCUCUCGCAUAAACGUCGUAUGAUGUUUUUGGUCCCGCUAUUAGAUUCCGAGCGCUUUGUGUGGGUAUUUUUUCCGUAUAAAACAAUCUAUUUUAAAGUAGAAAUCUAAAGUUUUUUCGGACAUUACCACUUACUUAUUUAAUUAACGAAAAUACGAAGUAGUCUGAUAUGUAAAUUUUCUUUUAAAGAUGUUUCUAAGCUUUAUAACCUUUAUCUGUUUGUUUGCGUCAUCGCGGUGUACUACUUACAAAAAUGUAACCAGCGCUAGUUGGCAUCAUUUAUGUUUGGUUAAGUUGCUUGCCGUAUAUAGCGCGCACACGUAGUCGAAUAUCGAUAUCUCGCCGUUUGCAUGCAACGCGCGCUCUCUGUCGAGUGCCGAGUUAACUAUAUUUGAUGGCUUGCACUUUUUCGUGGUACGUGUCUACUACGAUGAUAGUUAUACCUUACACGUUAGUUCAGGCUCGCCUUAGUGUCACAGAUUUUGUUUUUCUAUUUAAAGUUGAAGAAAGGUUUUUGUUGCAUGUCUUAUUAAUUUAGAUUGUUUGGCGUAUACUCUGCUUUUUAAAUAUACGUACUGUCCAUGAAUGGGUUUUGUUUUUAUGAUUAACUUUACCUAACAAAUUUUUUUUUCACAUAAACGUUGCACCCCUACUUUUCAAACUUGAUGUUAGUAUAAAAUGAGCAACGAUUAUGCGAUAAAACACGUAUUCCAAGGUCAAUCUCUGACAUGCAUUCUUUCUGUGUGCUGUAACCCUUCCUGAAAUAGUUUCCUGGCGCUUCCCCUGACACAGUUGUCCUAUUAUCGUUGAGCACUGCUUCUUACUUUCUUUUGAUGAUGCUCAACAUUUUUAAUGUACGGGAGGCUUAAUCAUCUUCAUUUUUAAUAAUUUUGAGUCAUUAAUGCCACCAGCUACUGUUACAUCGCUUGAUAGUAUUGUUUAUGUAGUGAAGCUUUAAAUGAUGUAACAGAUCAAAAAUGUACAAACAAUUAACAGAAUUAUCCUGCCUGUAAGUGGCCUAUAUAUUAUAUCAGUUAACAAAUCAGUUACAGCUGUUCACAUCAUAAUCCAUCUAAUUGUGUAUUGGAUAAUGUACAAUGAAGAAAUAAUGAAGUCAGUUUUUCACAUCAUAUUAAAUAUACAAUAAAACAUGUAACUUUAUCUGUUAAUAAUUCAGAUGAUAUGUAACAAUUCAGUUAACUCCAGAUUAUCUGUGCUUAUCAAGUAGAGCGAUGCCUAGGAUAAUUCAAAAUGACUGAUAAUUAGCCAUGUUAAUGUUCAUGCAAAGUUACACUGGUCGAAAAAAGCAUUUAAACUCACAUUUUUGUAUGUAAUAUUAAUUAUAGUCGUUAAAUGGCUUUCUACGAAAAAGUUGUAACAGAUUUUUUUAAAUGAAACAUCGUCAUUACAAAGAUGGCUGAGGUGACUGACAUGAGCCUGUUUUUUACUUGUAUCCACUCUUACAACCUCCACAUGUUGGUUGGUGUUCUGUAUCUGUCACACUUUACUAUGCUGGAGAAUUUAAAAGCAAAGUAUUAUAACUUAAAUUCAUAGUUUUGUUUAUUAAGCCACAGAUAGACAAGUUUAUCACUGAACCUAGCCCAUCAUGGUUUUCAAGUUCUAAAUUUGUAUUUGAAAAUGAGGAAAGGAAAACAAAAGCCUUGAUUAAAAUAAAAAUAAAAAUAAAUUCUUCUCACAUA